GAAGCUCAAAAGAUAGAGCGAUAGAGAGAGAAAGAGAGGAGAGAGAGAGAGAGAGAGAGAGAGAGAGAGAGAGAGAGAGAGGGAUAAGAAUCAAUGGUUUCUAGGGAGCACAAGAGAGCAGCUCUGCAUGAGAAGCUGCAUCUUCUUCGUUCUAUUACUAACUCUCAUGCUCUAAACGAAACCUCAAUCAUAGUAGACGCAUCAAAGUAUAUUGAAGACCUAAAACAAAAGGUAGAAAGACUGAAUCGAGGCAUAACAAGUGGGCGAACUUCCAGCGACGAAAAUGCGAUUCCUGCGAGUUCUAUAACUUUGAUGUUGUUCAGCAACCUAGAAAAGGGGUUUCUGAUAAAUGUUUUCUCCGAAAAGAGUUGCCAAGGUUUGCUUGUCUCAGUAUUGGAAGCUUUUGAAGAGCUGGGCCUUAGCGUAUUGGAAGCUAGGGUUUCCUGUUCAGACAGUUUCCAAUUACAGGCAAUUGGAGGAGAAAAUGAAGAACAAGGUGAGAGUAUGGACGCUCAAGCUGUGAAACAAGCGGUUGAGAUGUCUAUUAAGAGUUGGAGUGAAACCACCGAUCAAGCAUGAUUAAUAUGUCCCUCAUGGUACAAGUACUGUUAUAUAGCUCUGCUAAUUACCAGUUUCUUUCAGUUUUCCUUUUCUGUUUGUAGGUCCA